UUUUUCUUUCUUUUGGGUGGAAAAAGUUAUAGAGAUUUUGCUUCAAGUUGAAGUUGUUCCUCAUUUAUAUAUCUCAAGGCUGUGAAUCUUUUUUCUUUGCCUGAACCUGAACCUGAAUCAUCUUCUCCGAUUUCUUAUAUCUAUAUUUUGAGAUUCAUCAUAUGCACUAUUCACCUUUUCUCUCUCUCUUUUUCCAUGCGAUGGUGGAGUUAGUGUCUCUAGCAAUUGUUGAGCUCAUUCUGACAAUGAAUUGGAGAUGUUGAUUCAUUAGGGAGUGAGUGAGUGAGAAAUGGAUAUUGUUAUGAAUUGGCAAAUGGACAUUCUUUCUUCUUCUUCACCAGAACCAACCUAUCUUUCGGGAUCAAAUAAUCAUAAUAAUUGUUGGCUGUUCGAAGAAGAGAACAUAAUUACGAAAUGGACCCCGGAGGAGAACAAGAAAUUCGAGAACGCUCUAGCCGUAUACGACAGGGAAACACCUGACAGGUGGCAGAGAGUGGCGGCCAUGAUCCCCGGAAAGACAUCCGGCGAUGUCAUGAGGAAGUACAAGGAGUUGGAGGAUGACGUGAGCAGCAUAGAGGCCGGCAUGAUCCCGAUGAUCCAUGGAUCGAGUAAAACCAAGUCUCCUCCUAAUUUCACCAUGGACUGGGGAUUCGGUGAUAAAUUAAGGCAGAGCCAUGUACAGGCCGCCACCGCCGGAGGGAAGCAGCAGCAGCAGCAGCAGCGAAGGUUGUGGCUGAGGCCGGCAGAGCAGGAGAGGAAGAAGGGUGUUCCCUGGACAGAAGAAGAGCACAGGUUGUUCUUGAUGGGUCUCAAGAAAUAUGGAAAGGGAGAUUGGAGGAACAUAUCCAGAAACAUUGUGACAACGAGGACGCCUACUCAGGUGGCCAGCCAUGCCCAGAAGUACUUUCUCAGGCAGCAGCAUUCACUAACUAAUUCAGGAUCAGGCAAAUUAGAUCAGGCUAAGACAUCUAAGAGAAGGAGAGCAAGCAUUCAUGAUAUAACCACAUCACUCGCCCACGACCUCCCAGACCCAGACCCAGAUUUUAACAACAUAAUUAAGAGGCCAUCCAUAUCCAAGCUCAACUCUUUAUUAUCAGAUCAGAAUCAGAUGCCUAGUCCAAACUACGUCACUCUUUCAUAUUCAUAUCCUCAUCCUCACGGGAUGGGAUCAUCCUAUUAUGAUCACUACGGGCUUAAAAUGAAAGCCCAAGAGGAUCUGCAGAGAAACGGAGGACCUUACAUUAUUGCUGGAAGAGGAGGAGGAUCUUCAUCACAAUUUGCUCACAACUUAUAUCCCAAAUGGUCCGAUUGAUUAGGAAAGCCAGAAGAAAAAGAAGAGAACAAUAGUGCUGCCGGUUUCCUCUUCUUAGAUUUCUCUUCAUGUAAAUGGUCCCUUCCUGCAUUACAACUUGUACAACCCAUCAUUUCUCAACAAUUAAUCUUCCUACCUAGACAAAUAUAUCAUAUUAUGAUUAAAUAUAUUCAUCACAAUCUAUAAAAGAUUUCACUCCUUUUAUUGUGUUU